AUGCUUUCCGUUACCAAUACAUUUCUUUUUUUUUUCACCAGAGUCAAAGUUACGUUCGUCUUAAACGACGGCAAGCGGCUUGAGACUGUGGCCAACGUUGGUGACACUCUUUUGGACGUAGUUGUGAACAAUGACCUUAACAUUGAGGGCUUCGGCGCCUGCGAAGGCACAGUCACAUGCUCCACAUGCCACGUCAUACUGAAGCCGGAGGACUUCGAGAGACUUCCCGAGGAAGCCAGUGACGAAGAACGAGAUAUGCUAGAAUUGGCUUACAGUCUUACAGAGACCUCCCGUCUCGGAUGUCAGAUCACCCUCACGAAAGAACUGGACGAUCUUGAGGUAAAGGUACCGGAGGCAAUCAACGACGCAUGUAGCUGA